AUGCUCUUGCAACUGGGAAACCCUGUUAUUAAAGGACUUUCCUACGCCGGCCGUGCAGACAGUUACCAGACGAGCACCUGGUCCUUAGGAGAGCAAUACAUCGCAGAAUACAACGGCUGGUUCCUGGAGCAACAGAUGCAGUUUUUGCUGGGAAGGGACAACUUUAAUAGCUUCCUGAAGUUCAUGGGGCACCUGUCCUACCAGUGUGACAGGCUGCUCGUGGACACAGAGAUAAUAACUUUCCUCCAGAUUGAGCGCUACGACAUCGCCAUCCUUGAUGCGUUCAACCCCUGCUCCUUCAUCCUGGCACGCAAACUCGGUAUCCACUACAUAGCGUUCUAUCCCGGCGCUCUGAACGGUCCUCUGUCCACCGCUCUCCCCAGCCCAGUCUCCUACAUCCCAGUCUUCAGCUCCCAGCUGUCCGACCAAAUGAACCUUUUGGCUCGAGCAAAGAACCUCUUUUAUUUUCUCUUGGCUCCCAUAGGCCAAGAACUUGUAUGGUCGACUUUUAGGGAAGUAGCCGAGCGCCACCUGGAGUCGGGCUCCUCCCCUGGUGGUCUGGAGGAGCUGCAUCAGGGAGCUGAACUGUGGGCCUUCAACACCGACUUCUCCCUGGAGUUCCCCCAGCCUCUCAUGCCCUACACUGUGCUGGUGGGAGGUGUGCUGAACAAACCAGCGAAGCCCCUGGAGCAGGAUCUUGAGUUGUGGAUCUCCAAUUUCGGAGAGGCGGGUUUCGUUGUCGUGACUCUGGGAUCGAUGGUCUCUUCGGUCUCUGUGGACUCUCUGCUUGUGGAGCUGGUGGCUGGCUUCUCUCGGAUCCCUCAGGGUGUUCUCUGGAGGUAUGACCAAAACCGAUGGCCGUCUCAACUGGACAGACCUCCCAAUCUUAGGCUCGUGGACUGGCUGCCUCUCAAUGACCUGCUGGGCCACAAAAAAGUGCGCAUCUUCAUCACCCACGGUGGGCAAAACAGCCUGUUCCAGGCUGUGUACCACGCUGUGCCUGUGCUGGGAAUCCCUCUGUUUGGGGACCAGUUUGAUAAUCUGGUAAGGGCUGAAACAAAGGGACUCGGCCUCACCAUCAACCCCGCACACAUCACCAGGGAACUUCUCAGCUCCACCAUUGAAACGCUCAUGCAGGACGUCAGGUUCAAGUCCUCAGCUUUGUCCCUGAGCAGGAUCCACAAGUCCCAUCCGGUCCCCCCGGCCCUUCGACUCACCCAGUGGGUGGAGCACGUCCUGCACAGCGGAGGUGGAGCUCAUUUAAGGCCGACUUCACUGACGCAACCGUGGUACCAGAGAUACCUGCUGGACUUGGUGCUUCUUCUCUCCCUGGCGUUCCUUGGACUUGUAGUUCUCUGUUUGGCUUGCUGUAAGAACAAGCAGUGCCGGGACAAACACAAAAAGAUACAAUAGCAGUGGCGUACUCAGUGUUUUCCUCUGGAAAACUUCAAAUGGACACCUCAGUUCUGUGUUACUCGUUUAGCUUCGACUCAAAUUCUACCGAUAGGAGAACUUUCUCGCUACCCUAAAAUAGUGCCGAUGUUCAAUAAAUAAGCCAUGCUUGUUGUAAC